AUGUUCACGUAUCCAGAUUGUUUGAAUAGCCAAACUGUUGCUGAGGAAUAUAUUGGUGCUAUUCUUGGUAGUCCUUUACCUGCUUACCAAAGCUAUAAUCCUGAUCUUAUGCCAGGUGUUGACACUUUCUUUUCAACUGUUACAUUUCGAUACGGUCAUAGUGAAUUAAGUGAUUUUUACCGAAUUCAAGAUGAAUAUGGUGAUACUCUUUAUAAUUUAGCUUUAAAUAAUAUUAAAAAUCUCACACUCUUGGAGAGCCUUGGUUUAGAAAGAGUACUUUGGUCUAUGAUUCUUCAACGUCAGGAAGAAGUUGAUGUCUUUUUUGCAGAUUCGACUAAAAAUAUUAAUGCUCCUGAUCACCAUACCUACGAUUUAGCUGCUUUUGACGUUCUAAGAAGUAGAGAUCGUGGCAUUCCUUUAUAUAAUGUGGUUAGACAAUAUUUUGGUUUUCCUAGUGCUCAGUCGUUUGCUGACAUUUCCUCCAAUCCUACCAUUCAAGCAAACUUGGCUAAAAUUUAUCCAAAUGGAAUCGAGACCGUAGAGGCGUGGGUUGGUGUGAUGAGUGAAGAUCAUUUAAAUGGUUCAAACUUUGGCAAGGUUAUGAAUGCGAGUAUGGUGAUGCAGAAACCUAAUAUGUUUACUGCUGAAGAACGAAAAAUUAUACGAAAUACAACACUCCGAAAUAUCAUCACUCGUAACAUCAAUCCAAAUGUAACCUUCCCUCAAAAUAUUUGGGCCGUCCAACCUCAAAUAAAACUUAACAGUAGUGAUGAUAAUAAUUAUCCAAGCAAGAUUAAUGUUUGGACUCAAUAUAUUAUUAGUUAUAGGGUUGAUUUGACCUAUAUAUAUUUCAAGGUUCAACUACAAACUUCUGAUGGUAAUGGUUGGUUUGGAAUGGGGUUUGGUCCAGAUGAUGAUGGAAUGAAAGGUGCUGAAUUUAUCAUUGGAAUUGUUACUAAUGGGAAUGUCACAUUAGGAAAUUACCAUGCUGAUGUAGGUGGUUACCAUCCUCCCCUUCGAGAUUCUAAUCAAGAUCCUACUCUCGUACCAAAAUUUUCCAUGUCUGAUUCAAAAGCUGUGACAGUAGAGUUCAAAAGACUCCUCAAUCCACCAGGAAAAAAACCAAUUAUUCAUGGUGAUAUGAAAUGUGGGAUAUUAAAAUUUUUAUUUUUCGUUACUUUUAUACAUCAUAAUCAACACCUUAAAAUUCAUCGGUUUAUACAAUUGUUGGGUGGUAUUUCAGUUUCAACAUUUGGUGCUGCGGCUAUUUCUACUAUGGUUACGACACAAACGCCACAUGCUUGGCUGGGUUUGUUCAUAUAUACUUUGGCAUUCAUUGAAUUAGGCCUUGGUAUAAUUGCUUUAUGGGGACAAAUGUCUGUAGUAUCAGUUAAUAAGGAAUUGACACUUAUUGCCUCUCUUAUGGCUAGUAAGUAUGAUACUUCCAAUAUAACUUUCUACGUAUUUAUCAUUGCUGACUUUGAAAUUUUUAUUGCAAUUAGUGAUUCGCUUGGAUGGAAAAUUGCUUACUGUUGUUGGAUAUUAGUAAUACUUUGCGCUUUCCUAAUUGGAGAACUUUGGUGGCAUUUUGAAGAAUUUGAUAAUAAAUUCUUUCGUAUUAAAAAAGAUGAGACCAAUGCCGAGAAAAAAACGAUGAUGCAUGCUCAUAUUAAUCAUCAAGAUUAUAUUAAAUUACCCGAGUUUACUUGGGAAGAAAUUAAUGAACGAGUUCAACGUGGGGCUCAAUUGGUAGUUUGUGAUGGACUUGUGAUAGAUAUCCACACUUGGUGUGAUUCUCAUCCAGGAGGGAGUCAAAUAUUAUUACAAGUUAUUGGAACAGAUAUUACGAAUGACUUUUACAAUACGCACAAGAACGAAGAAAUUGUUGAAGAUAUAGACAGUCCAAAAGCUUUAUUGAUUCCAAAGGAUACACCUUCUGGAAACCAGUCAUCUGCGCUUGCAAAAUAUGUAACACACCUUCAAGGAAAGUCAGCACCUCAAAAAAGACUCUCAGCUGCCCAAUUUAUUGACAACAUUAAUACAAAAUUCUAUUUAAGGAAACCGUUGGCACAACAUACUCAUAGUAGAUUUGCCACACAGAAAAUGGCAACAUUGGUUAUAGGGAAAAUGAGUGAAAAAAUAAGCGAAAAAGGACUUUUAGUUCCGAGUAAUGAAUCUAUUUAUCAAAAUCCAGAAAAUGAUUCUGUAGAAAUUGAUAAAGCAUUGAUUAGUGCCCCAAAAAUCACCAAAUUUCAUCGUUAUAAGCUUACAAGCAAAAAAAUGGUUAAUACAAAUGUGAAAUAUCCUGUGAUAAGAUUUACAUUUUCCAAAGUACAUCAAGGCGCGAAAGAUGUUAGCACAGAAAAGUUUUUGCCUGGACAUUACAUUGAAGUGCAAUCUAGAGUAAAUUGUCAAAUUUUGAUUAGAAGUUACACUCCUUUGGAAGGUAGUUUAUCCAAGUCAUUUUCCAUUUAUGUAAAAAUUUAUCCAAAGGGGCUCUUUUCACAGCAUUUGAAUAAUCAGUUGAUAGGAUACGAAAUUCAAGCACGUGGCCCAUUUGAUGUUAGUGAUAGACAAAGGUCAUAUGUUGCACCUACAGUAACAGUAACAAGUCCAUAUGUUGCACCAACAUUAACAAAUCCAUUAAGUCAGGGAACGAAUAUUCUUUUACCCACAAGACCUUCCGCUAAAUUUACUGAAACAAAGACUACUUUAUUAAAUCCGGAUAGUCCGGAUGGUUGCUGGGACGAGUUAUAUAUGAUUGCUGGUGGUACGGGGAUAACACCAAUGUUACAGUUAAUCAAGUAUUAUUUGGAGCGGUCAAUUAAACAAAAAGAUCAAUAUAUUAGUUAUAAACGAAUGCAUUUAUUAUUUGGAAACCGUAAAAUUGAAGAUGUUAUCGAUGGUAUAUUACUUGAAGAUCUUUCACUUUCAAGUAGAGGACAACUUACUGUAACGUACUGUCUCUCAGAACCACCUUCAGAUUGGGAGGGUUUGCGAGGAAGAAUUAAUCAAAAAAUCAUACAUGAUUGGAUCAACAUAAUGAAAGGUGUACUCCUCGAAUCAAACAACGCUCAGUUGAUAGCAGAAAAUAAUAAUUACAGGAGUAUUCUUCAGAGUCAUUCUGUACGUCAUGGCGCAAAUGAGCCGAGCGUGAGUCCUUUGCCAAUUAUAAGCCCUCAAUCACCACCACCUAUGCAGCCACAAUCUCAUGAUGAUUAUCGUGACGACAGUACAAUUUAUACGGGACCUAGGCCAGGGUCACAAGCAUCAAGAAAAUUUAGAUCAUCUAAAAACAUUGAUAUAGAUUUAGCCAAUUGUGGAAGAGGUGAUGAUCUGAUACAAGGAAAGAUUGUUGUUUGUGGUCCCCCUGAUAUUUUAUUAUUAUAUGGGUUUGAUGUAAAUAUCUAA